UUGUCCUCACAACCCUGAGCUCCGACUUGGCCGACUACGGAGGUAGUGUCUGUCUCAGCAUGGGUCCCAAAGCAAAAAAAAAGUCUGGCAGUAAGAAAAAGAGAAUCACCAAAGCCGACCAGUUGAAGCAGCUACAAGAGGAGGAGGAGAGACGACAAAAGGAGGAAGAGGAAGCCCGUGUGAAAUACGAAAAAGAAGAAAUGGAAAGACUUGAAAUACAACGAGCUGAGAAAGAAAAAUUGCGAAAACUUGAAGCAAAAGAUCUAGAAAGAAGAAAUGGAGAGCUUGAAGAACUUUAUUUAUUAGAGGCAUGUUUUCCUGAAGCGGAGAAAUUGAAACGAGACAGUAGAUUGCUUUCUCAGUGGAAACACUACAUUCAAUGUGAUGGGAGUCCUGAUCCUUCAAUAUCCCAAGAAAUUAAUACUUUUAUUAGCUUGUGGAAAGAGGAAACCAAUGAGACUUUUGAGGCAGUGACUGCGAAGAGUAAACUAGUGCUAAAUUUAAUUGAGAAAUUGAAGUUAAUUUUAUUGGAAACUCCAUCAUAUGAUUUGCAAGAGAAAAAUAUAAUACAGUACCAAGGAUCAAUUCUAGAACUGCAAGAGGUCCUUCAUCGUAAGUUUAACAUAGCCACAGAAAUACUUCUCAGACAAGCUAGUACUUUAGCAGAUCUGGACAGUGGAAACAUGGAAAAAGUCAUUCGAGAUGAAAAUGUUACUGUAUAUGUAUGGGCAAACCUCAAGAAGAAUCCAAGGUACAGAAGUAUCAGAUUCUCUGAGACACAAACUGGAUUUGAAAUUCCAAGGAUAUUAGCAACAUCUGACAUUGCUCUGCGACUCUUACAUACUCGCUAUGAUCAUGUCACGCCAUUAGGCCCUGUUCCAACAGCAUCACAAGAACACACUUCCACGGUAACUUACUUUGGCAAAGACGAAGUUAAGAGUGUAGAAGCAGCAGUCAGCAAAGAUCUCAAAGAAGAGUAUAAAGAACAAGAAAAUGAGUCUAACUCAGUUCAUGAGGAAGAAACAAAAGUUGACGAACAAGGUGGUAUUGAAGGACAAACGAGUUCUGUCCAGGAAGAAUCUGAAGCCACAAAAUAUGAACUGGAGAUGAAAUUAUUAAGUGAAACAGUUUCAGCAGCGCAGUUGUUGCUGUUAGAGAAUGCCUCUGAAAAGCCAUAUUUCUUUGAAGAAAAUGAGGUUGAUUUAUGCCAAUUCACAGCUCUGGGUGGAGUGCACCACUUGGAUAUUUUGGAGCUUCCUCCACAGUGUAAACCGAGGAAGGGCUGGAUGAUUGUGGAAAUACUCAAAGAAGGAUUACAGAAAUAUACAUAUCCUCCAGAAACGGCAGAAGACUUUGAAACAGAAAACACUUUCCCACCCAUAGAGGUCAUGCUUGAGGUUCAUGAGAACGUAAUCUUUUUUGAGAAUCCCAUGGUUGCAAGGUGGGAUGCUGAAGGUAAACACUGGAAAACUGAUGGCAUCAGCAAUGUAUCUUACAAAUCGGAAGACAGACUUAUAACAUUCAGCCUGGACACUUUUGGCCCUGUUACCUUGAUUCAAGAUGCUCAUGUUAAUAUGCCAUACCAGUCAUGGGAGCUAAGACCACUUGAUGUGAAUAAAGUACUUCUGACUGUGACUACAGUAUUUACUGAGAUUCAAAUACAAAUUAAGGAAAACCUCUGCAUGUUAGCGUCAAUCAAACUAAAUAACAAAAAGCAUUCCUCUGUUUUGGAAGAAAAGUGGAUGACUCCUGUUUCUUUCAUUAUUGCUUUGAAAGAAGCUGGACUGAAUAUCUUCCCUACUGGACACUCUCACUUUUAUGUUGUUAUAAACUAUAAGCUUCCUUUGGUAGAAGUGAAAGCUUAUCGACAAAUGGCCCUGUUAAGUUCUGCUUUUGCAUUUGGUUGGAGCAAGUGGAAUACAGUAUGCAAUUCUGACAAAGUUGUAUUUCAGGUGAGGGAACACCUUCCUAAAGAAGAACCCAUUCAGAAUCCUAAUUGGACCCUUUUAAUGUUUAGUGGUGGCAGGGCACAAAGUCUCAAAAUCAAUGAAUCCAGUGAUGCAUUCUCUGAAGCCCUUAAAGAAGAAACUGAGUUUCAUUCUACUUUAUAUCACAUGGUUAAGGAUUUUGCUUCUAAAGAAGCAAUGAAGAAAGUUAGGUGUUCCAGCUGCCAGUUUGUUGACUCUGUAUGCCACAUGCUACUCUCAACUAGAUUACUCAGCUAUUCUUAAUCCCCACUGAUAAAUUUUAUUCAGUAUGAAGAAUGAAGCAACUUGGAGAAAAAUCCGGUAUUUCUACAAUAAAGUGUAAUGAGUGGAUAUAUGCCAAAUAGGCUGUUAGAAUGAUCUAAUCAGCAUUUUACACUCAAAUUUUACUUUCUAAGAAUUAGGGUUUUUUUCCUUAUGCAUAUGUGACCUACUGAGACUUCCAACAUUCACUGUAUGAAAAUUUGAAUGGUUCUUUAUUUCAAUAAAUUUUAACAAACAAUAAUAUCUCCUCCUCAAAAAGCUCAUUAAAAAAAUCAUGUAGGUGGGCUUCCUCCCCACUGUAUUUUAGUUAGGAAGGUAAUCACAAAAAGAGGGAAUAUAAAAUAUCUUACAGUCAUUCUGAGAACCUCUGGCUCCAUGCUAUAAUUUCCCAGCUAAAAGCUACUAAUUUACAAAGUUCAGAUACUGAAACUUUAAAAAUCAAGAUUAGCAUCAGCACAUUAGGA